AUGGCCGACACGGCUUCGAACACCCGUCCGGGCGACAUCAGUGCCAGCUAUCCUUCGAGUGGCAAUUCGGGCGUGGUCAAUGCCAUGAAUGCAGGAAAUGUCAACCUCACAGAAGUGGUCGCCCAAGAUCUCGUGCGCGAGGUUGUCUGCUACAUCGAAAGCGGCGAGGCACCAUACGAUGGCACCCGAGACGGAGCGCGAAUCAGCGCCAUCUUCGUCGUCUUGAUUUUGUCCUCGGCAGUCACCUUCUUCCCCGUCAUGGCGACGAAGAUGAAGUCGCUUCGAAUUCCCCUAUAUGCCUACCUCUUCGCUCGAUACUUCGGUGCCGGAGUUAUCAUCGCGACCGCCUUCAUCCAUUUGCUGGAUCCCGCAUACGCAGAGAUCGGACCCAACACGUGUGUUGGCAUGACAGGAGGCUGGGCUGAGUUCUCCUGGGUGCCUGCGAUUGCUCUAGCAUCGGCCAUGAGCGUCUUCUUGAUGGACUUCUACGCCGAGCGAUAUGUGGAGAAGAAGUACGGCAUAGCGCAUGGGCCUUCGGUGAGCGACGCACAAGCAGCGAUGCGAGUCGGAUCAGUCGACGCCGCAGCACUUCGAUACGACGACCAUGGUCGCCGAAGGUCAACGUCGACGCAUCAACAUCUCCAUUCCGGCGACCAAGACCCACAACCUCGCAACGUGAAGGACCUUGAGACUGGCAAAGCAGAAAAGCUCAGCCUCAGCGAGAGCGAAGAGGAUGCUCUGGCAGAUCGGGCUUUCAAGCAACAAAUCGCCGCCUUCCUCAUCCUCGAAUUUGGUGUCAUUUUCCACUCCGUCAUCAUUGGCCUAACCCUCGGCAGUGCUGGCGACGAGUUCAAGACCCUUUACAUCGUCGUCGUCUUCCACCAGUCCUUCGAAGGUCUCGGUAUUGGCGCACGUCUAUCAGCGAUUCCGUUCCCGAAGAAGCUGAAUUGGUUACCAUACGCCCUCUGUGCGGGAUACGGUUUGACUACACCUAUCGCCAUUGCUGCCGGCUUCGGUGUCCGCACCACAUACAAUCCUGGUUCAUUCACCGCCAGUACUGUCUCUGGUGUGCUCGAUGCGACCUCUGCUGGCAUUCUGCUGUAUACUGGAUUUGUUGAGUUGCUUGCUCGCGACUUCCUCUUCAACCCGGACCGCACGAACGACGAUAAGCAGUUGACUUAUAUGAUUUUCUGCGUCUUGCUGGGUGCUGGUGUCAUGGCUCUCCUGGGCAAGUGGGCGUAG